GAAAGAGAUAGUCAAUAUUCAACACCCCCCGAAACAUAUUCUAACAGCACUCAUGAACAGAUUGUCACACAAAACGAGAAUGUUCCAGCAUCUGAUAACGUUCCAAAUUCUGAUAUAUACCAACCUGUCUGUACAGAAUCUAAAUCACUGGAAGAUAAGAAAAUAGAUAAGUUUCUGGUCGAAAGACAUAAUGAACAGAUUAGUAAUGAGAUUAGAGAAAGAAAUAGGGAAAAGAAGCUUCAGGCCCAAGACUUAUCUCCAGUUAAUACAUCCAACUUAGCUGAAACUCAUUAA